AUGAGUUUGUGCAAUAUAUUGAUACCCAGUAGGGUUCAAGGUAAAUACUUGACACCAGGUGAGAGAGCAGUUCAGAAUAACGAUGUGGGUACUGUAACUGUUUUGGACGCAGAAGGUGUAAUAAGGCGUAGACAACGUCGUCUUCAGCGUAGAAGGUACAUUAACGAAGGGCCUAAUUUUUGUGUUCAUCUAGAUGGCUGGGACAAGUUAAAACCAUUCGGAAUUUCCAUUCAUGGCUGUGUAGAUGGCUUUUCAAGACGUAUUCUCUGGCUCAGAGCUUGCAAUUCUAACAAAAACCUUGAGUAUAUAUCCAGAUUUUAUAUAGAUUAUAUCAAAGAAAUAAACGGGGUUCCUGUAGUCGUAUACGCAGACAGGGGUACUGAGAACUCCAUAAUUCGAGAUUUGCAAUACGCUUUGCGAUGGAAUCACCAGGAUCCCUUGCAAGGACUAUCAAGUUUUAGGUAUGGAUCGUCCUAUAGAAAUACAAGAAUAGAGAGAUUUUGGCGGUGUUUACGAGAAAUGUGUGGCAAUUUUUGGAUAAAUUACUUUAAGGAUAUGGAUAAUUUAGGUGUUUUUGACACCUCCGACAUAGUCCACCUGGAGUGUGCUAGGUAUUGUUUCUUACCAAUUAUCACCAGAGAAUUGAACAGAGUUAUUCAGCAUUGGAAUGAACACACAAUUAGAAGAAACCGCAAUGCAGAUUGUCCGUCUGGAAAACCAGAUGUUAUGUAUUUUCAUCCCGAAAUUUACCAAACAAGAGAUUUCAAAAUGCCUGUACCUGAUAAUCUAAAUGGCAUAGAACAAGAAUAUUGUGCCUACCCUCCUGCGAAUGGUGUUUCAAUGGAAUUUGAAGUUAUUGGUACUCAAAUAAGAAUGGAAAACGGUUUGAAUUACCCACCAAACACUGUAGAAGAAGCAACAGAACUCUUUAUCCGAAUAACAGACUAUGUAGAUCGCUUAUAAAUUACAUGUAUCUACAUACAUUUACUUGACUCUUGUUGUUUUAA